UAUCCAUUUCGGUUACUAAGCCCCACAGGUCGCGUGGUUCGACUUGAUUUGGUUUACAUUGUAUUAUUUAUUAUGUAUAUAUUAGGUUAAUUAUACGCGUUGAACAAACAAUAAAUUAUUAAUCCGACCAGACGGUUUAGACUUAACAACGGAUUGACAUGUAAAGCAGUUAGUUGCCUUGCGGGACGGUAGGAUUUUCUUUCCAUUAUCAACUGGCUGCUGAAUAGAGAGACAAAAGGAAAAGAGACAAAAUGGCAAAUGCAAGAAUGAACGACUCAUCUGAUGCUUCUAGCAGCGUGAACGUCCCUGCUGUUAGUGUGAAAAGGUCUGCCCCACAUCCAGAGGAAUGGACAUUACCUCACGAACACAGUAUGGAGAAAAGAGAGAAAUUUGAGAACUGGAGAAUGGACCUACAAACACAAAUAGCUGGUGUUGCGAUCAAUUUGUCUAAAUCAUUACGAGAAUAUCCGAAUGAUGACGCCGGAGAGGACUUUGAUUAUUCUGAUGAAAUCAUUAAGGCCAAAUAUGCAAAGGACGCCAGAAUGUAUGCACGCAAGAUGGGCGAAACAUUGAAUUUAGGACUUGCUAGAGUACCUGUUAUGGCAAAUAAGGACAAAUACUGAACUAUGGAGGUGAAAUAUGUGCAAAGUAAAGGUGCUAAAGGAUACGUCUUUUGUAAACAGAUGUAAAACCAAUGAACAAUAUCUUUGUUUGGUGUGAUAAGAAGAAUAUUCUGUAUAUGAAGGAUACUUAGAUAUAUUUAUAUUUAUUCUCACAAAAAAUCACAGCAUUUUACUGCAUUUUUGUUGUUGAGUGUUUUAGAUUGUAUUUAGGUUUAGGUAUUUAUAUUAUCAAAUUGAUAUUGAGUCACAACUAUGCAAAGUGUAUUUUGUGUCCAUGUUGUAUUUUUGAAGUGUGUAUAUACGAUGUUGAAAUAUUUAUUUUCACUCAUGUCUUUCAUUAAAACAGUCUCAGAUUUUGUUCAAA